GAUGCUCAUUAGAGCAGGAUGUGAGUACAGCGCCAGACACUUUGUGGGAGUGCGCGUCGGAAAUAGGGACGUGGUGAAACACACGGCUGCUACUUGGGAAUUCAUAAUUUAGGUACUGACUGUAUCAAACCCGCGCAAGACAGGACUAAUAAUACAGCGCAGAGAGGGCGAGCUAGCAGAGCGCAAGAAGACCGUGGAAUGGCAUCUCCCCAGCCCAUUAAGGGUAUUCUGAAAAACAAGAGCCACCGGAUUUGCGCCGAGGCCGAGGCUGAGGUAAAGCCGGCGGUAGAGAAGCGGGAGAGAGAGGCUCCAGAGCCCGGCGAAGAGGAUCAGCAAAAGAAGUCACAAAAAUGGGACGAAAUGAACAUCUUGGCUACCUACCACCCCGCAGAUAAGGAUUAUGGCUUGAUGAAAAUCGACGAGCCCAACACACCUUACAACAGAAUGAUAGGGGAUGAUGACGAAGGGGCUGUGAGUGAUUCUGAAUCAAAUGAAGCAAUUGCUGCUAAGGAUUUGGCACAGCAGCUGGCGGCAGCAGAAGGCAAAGAUCCCAAAAUUUUCAUGAGGGAGGAGGAAGAGAGCAGCGAGGAAGAGGACGAGGAGCUGUCUCCGGAAGAAGAAGCGAAAAAGAAUGAGUUUGAAAUGAAGAGGAAAAUACACUAUAAUGAAGGCAUGAACAUUAAGCUGGCGAAACAGCUGAUAGCUACCGAGCUGCAGGAGGAUGAGGAGGAGGAGGAGGAGGAGGAGGAGGAUUAUCGGGACGAGGAGAUGAAGGAUGAGACAGAGACAGAGGACAUACACAUAGACCUUCCACAAGGUGAACUUUGACAGCUUGAUUUACAGUAACCGAGCUGCUGAAGGGAAUGUCGUGAUGGCUAGUGCUGUAGCACUGUGACAGGUUCUUUUCCGUGUGAAAUUAGUAUGGUGGGCUCAACUUCAUCCUUGUGGGACAAUAAUUCACUUCAAAAAACCGCACCACUGGCACACAUUUAUUCACAAUCUCUCCAAUUGGUUAAUGUAACAUGUUGUGUUCUAUUUUUUUUCUUGUCUUUUGCAGUAAUUAUUGAAAGCCAGGAACUAGAAUCGCAGGAUUCCUAGAAGGGGGGGGGGGGGGGGGGGAGUCUUCGAGCCAGCUCUGUAACAACUGCAGCAUCGCGUUAGGGAUGCAAGUAAUAGUUGCUUCAGAGCUGGGUCAAAGAACACACUGCUGCUCCACAGCUAUGCCAUUCACACCUGUAUUUAUGAACACUGUAAUGGAGCACAUUGAACAAACCAUCGUGUUUCUUCAGCUGCCAACUUUAGAAUGUAUUAUUAGCAAGAAAGAAAAAAAGACUGUUAACAGACACAGGCCAAGGAUGCUUGCCUGAUGCUGUGUAUCCCAGUGCCUAAGGGCCCUGCCACGUGAACUCCACUCCAUCGACAUGAGUACAGCAGUCAAAGCACUCUUUGUCUUGGCUGCCUAUCCGCUAACACCUCUGAGAGAGGCACCAUUUAUUUUUAAUUUUUGUUGUGUCCUCCAAGAUGUUCUGAACCUAAUGCAAGCAUUGUUCUGGACUGAAAAUGAAGCAGUUCUGGUUGAACUUAACUGUUACUACCCAUGUGUGUUUUUUUCUUUUUUAAAAGAUGAUUUUACAUUACAGUAGGAGGGUGUACCAAAAACACUGUAGACAUGUUUGCUAACAUAAAGAUGUUCAGAACUAUUGUCACACCUUAUGUAUGUUAAAUUGGCACUGAAUUAUUGUAUGCUGCUUUAGCUGUGUACAGUGCAAUGGGGGAUUAACUUGCUGUUUUAAUGUGGAAUUAUGCCUUUGUGGAAAUUUAAUUAUAUUAUGAUGGCUAUUAUGACUGCUAAUAAAAUGAUGCACUUGGA